AUGGAGAGGGAAGAAUGUAGUAGUAGUGAAUCCGGUUGGACGACUUAUAUCUCGUCACCAAUCAAAGUAGACGAGGAUGAGGUCGUGGACGAGGACUAUCAUGAAGGGUAUGACAUCUAUAGCUACUAUAGAAAAGGCGAAAAGGAAGAAGAGAAGAACAAAGAUAGCGAUGAUUCGAUGGCCUCAGACGCUUCGUCUGGGCCAAAUUAUCAACGCUAUCACCAAAAGAAUAGCAAAGGUAGACGAAGAGAGGUUUUCGAUUUGAAGAACGGGAAGAGUGAAGGUAAUAAUAAUAUUAAUGUUGAUGGUGAUGAUCAUAAUCUAUAUGACGACGAUAAGAAAGCUGGUAAUUCAUACAGGAGAAAAGAGAAGAAAAAGAGAGAAAAUAAGAGUACCUAUAGAAGGAAGUGA